AUGGCAGAGCCAGAAGCAGCCAUGGCCAGCAAGCAGGAAGAGAGUGCUGUGCCGUGGGCACACCCCAGCAGUGCUAGCAGUGCCAGCAGCGGCGGCAGCAGCAGCAGCGGCGGCAUUGGCAGCAGCGGCAUUGGCAGCAGCAGCAACAGCAGCAGCAGCAGUAUGGUUCAGGCGCGGGGGGCCGUGGCCCCCGCCUGCCUCCUUAUCCUCCUCCUGGUGGCCCUGCAAGCCCAGGGCGUCGGGGCUGCUCCGUGGCGAGCGCGGGAAUUAGACAUGGCUGGAGGUAAUGGACAUCCAGCUUCCCGGCUGGGUUCCAGGGCUGAUGCACAGGGAGAUCUCAUGGAUAUGGGUAGAGGGAGAGCUCUUCCAGCUCCUCGGCUGGAUCCUGCACUGGACCUCACCUGGCAUCCCAGGGGUCCUCAAAGAGCAAAGUAUAAAGCUGAAACAGGAAAGCGUUCCCAGCAAUCAUCAGAAGACCUAAAGGAAAUCCUGAAGGAAUUGGACAAAGCAGCACGUGAGCUGGACCGUGAGACUGUGGAGGAGGAGGCGCUUCAGGAAGGAGGCAGCCAGGCAGUGCCAGUCUCUGAUGAAAAAAAGGGGGCAAUUCAAUCAACAGGCGUGCCAGGCGCCUCGCUGCAGCUUCGUGAGCCCGGCCCAACACCAGCAGCUACCCCUCACACCUGGACAGCCGGACCACCCCCCUCAGCAACCCUGAGAGCCAGACCCGACACCAGCAGCCAUCGCCUGUGCCUGGAGAAGCGGCCCGCCAGCCACGGAGCAUCGGGGGGGGGCGACCGGCCCCCACCAGCCCAGACACCCACCCGGUCUGCCCGCCUCCACCCCGGCCUCCGUAGCUGUCCAACUCAGCCAACCGGCUGUUGCAGGACCAGCCCAGCACCCUCCAGCCCCCGGAGGAACUCAAACCAACCCCCGCCCCCAGAAGCCCAUUGCCCCAGCCCUCCUGCAAGGGCCUGA